AUGGAGCUCAUUGCAUCCCUAGGGAACGACAUUGCUGAAGUUCUUGUACCAACAUUUCAAGCUUAUACUGCACUUCUUCAAACUCCGGAAAGAAGAGCAGCAACACAUCGUGUCAAGAGGGAAACAUUCUCUUACGGUUCUCACGAAAGACAAAAGCUCGACUUGUAUACAUCUCCUCUCAAUUUAGAGCCUAUCUCGCAGAAAUGCCGACCGGUUUUGCUUUUCACCUACGGUGGAGCGUUCGCAAAUGGCGACAGGAUUCUUGAUGCGAUAGAAGAAGGAUUAGUAUAUGCCAACGUUGGCGCUUUCUUUGCGGCUCAGGCUGGCUUUGACACUAUCAUUCUAGAUUAUCGUCUUCUCAAACACGGGGCAAAGUAUCCAUCAGGAGGAGAAGACUUCGGGCUGGGAUUCGACUGGGUUCAGGGCAGAUAUCAAAAUGGGGGACCGCGGGAAAUAUAUGUCAUAGCGAAUUCUGCAGGUGCAGUCCAUUUCAGCACCUGGCUUUUCUCACCAGAAUUCGCUACUCAGAGAAAAAAGCUAUUAAGUACCUCAAGUAUUGUGCGGCUAACCAAAGCGGUUUUUCUGGGUUGUCCUUUUCGACUGGACUAUCACGGGGGAAUGAAGUCAAUGCUGCAGGGGUACUAUGGCUCUGAAGAAGAAACCAAGAAGGCUGAACCCACACAGCUGAUGCUGACAGCAAGUCGGGACAAGUCGUCCCAGGAUAUGAUCAUCAUGCCAGCCAUUUUGACUGUAGUUGCAGAGCUGGAUCCGAGAUUCAUAAUUGAGCCUGGGCAAGAGUUCUCCGAAUUUUGGAGAGAAUGUGGUGGUAGAGGCGACUACUUGGUCUUGGAAGGACACAACCAUAUCAGUCCUCCGCUAUCUUUAGGGACGGGUAUACCAAGAGAGGAGCAGUGGGGUUACCAGGUUAUUUCAUGGUUUGAGAACAGGAAUUGA